AUGUCUGAUUCAUCGUCUUCCACGACCAGUGGUGGGAUACACGUAAGAACUCCGGGAAUACCUAUUAAGUGUUGGUGCGGGGAGUGCAUCAAGGAGCUCAUCUCCAAAACCAAUCACAAUCCAUAUCGCCGGUAUUAUCGGUGUCGCUAUGCGGCUCAAAGGAAUCUUGGGAAUGACAAUCACAUCUUCAAAUGGGUUGAUGAAGCUUUCACUGAUGAGAUACAACAAUUGGACUACCAAGUUCGAAUGCUAGAAGAAGAAGUUCAAGUACUCAAAGAAACAAUAACGAGUGGUCCCAAAAUAAUGAAAGGAGGUUGUCUUAUUCUGGGUCUCGGUGUCGUUGUAGUUGUAGGAAUUUUGAUGUACAAGUAA